GGUAAAUUAGGUUGUGCUAUGUUUAGGUUUGGUUGAAAAUAAGAAUAUUAUCCCAGCUUUCCAUGGUUUCGUCGUUCUUGAAUGUAUAUUUACUGGUUAAGCCUCACGAAUAUCGUCUUCUAAACACAAAAAGAUGGCAUUUUUUUGUGUAAAUAUAUCCAAAAUAUUAGUAAAAAACACAAAUAGAAAAGUACAACGCCCCUUAUCUAGUUAUGUUAUCUCGCGAGAUUUUGUAUUGCUCCUAUUAACUGCGUCGGAAAAUGCGGGGUUUUGAAAACCUUUUUUUUCCUCUUGAAAGUCUCAGUUCAAGACAAAUAAAAAAUGAAUUCAUCAGCCACUGCAAGUAGAGUGGGGAUAUGGCUGCAGGCUACAUGGCAUAUAAGUGUUCCUACGCAGUGGCUGGAUGCUUGUAUCCUUUGGAUUCACCAAGAAAAUCCAGGUGUGACUUUAACACAAGCCCAGAUUAAUAAAAUGGUGUUUGAACAGUGGCUUCUUACUGACCUUAGAGACUUGGAUCAUCCUGUUUUGCCACAAAAUCUUGGGCAGGCAGAGAAAACAGAAAUAAAUGGGUUAUACUGUAUACAGAUAGAUUCUUUGGUUGAUGUGAGCCAGCCAGCAUACUCACAACUUCAGAAACUUACAGGAAAAGACUGUACGAAUGAAAAUGUCUCUGCUGCUACACAGCCAUCUCAAAAGCCAUGGGAAAUGAAACCUUCACGUUUGUUGAUGCUUCAGUUGACAGAUGGUGUUCAGCACCUUCAAGGAAUGGAGUAUCAGCAUAUUCCUUGCCUUCACACUGAGCUCCACCCAGGAACCAAAAUACUGCUACAGGGGAAAAUUAUGUGUCGUCUUGGUGUUCUUCUUCUUAAACCAGACAAUGUGAAAGUAUUGGGUGGUGAAGUAGAUGCCCUUCAAAAAGAAUUUUUCCAGGCAAAAUUGCUGUGCAAAUUGCUGGGUAAACCAGUUGAUGAUAUUGAGAAUGCACAUGCCCAGAAUCAGCAAGUGGCAAACACCAAUGAUGGUUUUGACCAAUUGGUUGGACCUUCUGAUGAAGAAUUGCUUGCUAGUCUAGAAGCAGACGAUGACAUAAUGCUCAAUGAAAUGGUACUAGACAGUGGAUAUGGCAGCAGAAGUGAACAUCCCAGCUCAUUGCCUGAAUCCUCAGCUGAUCAGAAUAGACAUCCCAACAGCCUUACUCAGAAAGCUGGUUCAAGAGACCUUUUGAUAUCAACAGAUCACCAAGAACAGGUAGAGUUUGAGGAUGAUGACUUUCCAGUUGAAGAGUUGGAAGAUGUAAUAUUUCAGGAAGAUGUCCAAGAUCAGUUUGAUGAAGUAUCUCUUCAAGAAAUUCAUAAUGUUGAUGUGAAGUCCUCUGUGAAUUCAUCAGCACAUACUAUGAAUAAAUCUAGUUCUGCAAGUAAGCCCUUUGGAGAAAAUGGGAUUGGUAUGUCUAGGGCUCAUACAUAUUAUGCUGUUGCUCAAUCAUCCAAGAGAACACCAGACAACAAAGCCAACAGGACUGGUACCACACUGUCAAAUGCCCAAAGUCCAGUUGAAAACACCACAUUCAAUACAGAGGCUAAAGUCCAGCAAGUUAGUGGUUCUGUUUUUCCUCUACCUAGAAGUUCCAAUCUAGAUGCCAAAAAAAGAAGUCAAAACAUCCUUAACAAUGGCAGAAGCUCUCAACCAUUCACUUACUUGUGUGAAUUACUGUCUGAAAAUCAUAUGGCUGUUAGAACUGUAAAAGUUAAAGCAUUCAUUAUUACCCUUUUAUCAAGUCUGUCAAGUAAGACUGAGAGAUGGAAUAUAAAAGCCAAAAUUUCAGAUGGUACAUCAUAUUUAGAUGUUGAAAUUUCUAAUGAAUUCCUUGUUGACUUAAUUGGAUACACAGUAGCAGAAACCAAAGUUUUAAAAAAGGAUCCCAUUCAGCGUAAAAAUGUCACUGAGGGGCUACAGAGGUGCCAGCAAAAGCUUACAGAUCUUUGUGGCAUAAUGGUUAUUGAAUAUAACCCCUUGUAUUCCAAAGCAGUUUUGUUGUCGUUAGAACAUAUUACUUUGGAGACUUUUAGUGUCUUGAAACUACGUGUGAAAGGCCAAAAUGACAAUUAAAUUUUGGAAAAUUUGUUUAAUUCUGUGUUAUACAAAUGUAACUAUAGUUUGUCUUAUUCACAAAAUUAUGUUUAAGUUAAAUGUACUUUUGAGACUAUUCUUUAAGGAUUAUUGCAGUGGCAGCAAACAAGUGUGCUUGAACCUUGUACAUUUAAUAAAAUCUGUUAUGUUUAUGGAUUAAUUCUCACUGCCUGCAUAUUGUAUUGAAUAUAUUUUUUUCUUUAAUUCAAUAGCUCAUUUUAUAUAAACUUGGAAUCUGGCUUGAAAAAUAAAAUAUAAAAUUAUA